AGUGCUGUGACUCCUCUCUGAGCAGCUGGACAGGCCAACCGCAAACACACACACACACACACAUUUAGUGCAGCCUGUUCCUCAAAUCUACAUUCUUCACCAAUGGCUCAUUGUCUCCACAGGGCUGAGUCACACGUCGGGCCCACUUUAAAAGUGCAGGUUCGAGCACUCCAGUGUGGAUUUUUGGGUAGGAAACCUCAGACCUCAAAGAUGGAGCAUAGUGGGCUGCUCGCGCUGCUCGCGCUGCUCGGUUGCAGCGGUUCACUCUAUGCAGUGGUGCAGUGGAAGGAACUGAAUGAGGCGCAGGCUUAUUUGAAGCAGUAUGGCUACCUGAAUGAGCCCACGGAUCCACAGGACCCCAGCUACCUGGAGGGGGUCAUUGAAGCUCUCAGAAUCUUCCAAAGGGUGAAUGAUCUGCCCCCCAGUGGCGAGUUGGACGAAGCCACCCUGGCUGUGAUGAGGCAGCCUCGCUGUGGCCUGGAAGACCCCUUCAACAAGAAACAGCCCAGAUACAGAGUGAUGGGUCGCUGGAGGAAGAAGAGUCUGACUUACCGCAUUUACAACUACACACCUGACAUGAAGAAGGCCCUGGUGAAAACAGCCAUCCGGGAUGCCUUCAAGUACUGGAGCGACAUGACUGAUUUGACCUUCAGAGAGGUGGAAUACGGAAGAGGUGACAUCAGGAUCGGCUUCCACAAGAGAGAUGGCUACUGCGCCUCCCCGUUCGAUGGCCGCGGUAAUGUACUUGCCCACGCAGAGGCGCCAGAAUCUGGAAUGGUCCACUUCGACGAGGACGAGUUCUGGACGGAGGGGACGUACCACGGCUCUAAUUUGCGAAUCGUGGCGGCUCACGAAAUCGGCCACGCUCUCGGCUUGGCUCACUCUCAGUUCAGAAGUGCUCUAAUGGCGCCGGUCUAUAUUGGUUACCGUAGCAACUUCAAGCUGCACUUCGAUGAUGUGCAAGGCAUCCAGGCACUGUAUGGCAAACGCACCACCGGAACUGCAUCCAGUCCAACAACUUCAGACGGUGUCUUUCCAACUGAAGAAAGCAGCAGUGGCACCGAGAGCGUCCCUGACCUGUGCACGGCCACACUCGACAGCAUCAUGCUCGGUCCUUGGAGGAAGACCUUUGCCUUCAGUGGGAACUACAUGUGGACCAUAUCUGAUCUGGGACACAACCCGCCGUUAAGGAUCAACAGGCUGUGGAAGGAGCUCCCUGGGAACCUGGAUGCAGCAGUGCACUCUCCAAGGACCCAUAAGACGUACUUUCUUAAAGGUAGUAAAGUGUGGCGGUAUUCUGGCUUUGUGCUGGACUACGGCUACCCUAAGAAAGUGCACCGCAUCUCUCCUAGCAUUGAUGCGGCUUUCUACCUGGAGAACAACAAGAGGCUGAUCUUUAUCAAGGGUUCUAAUUUCUGGCAGUGGGACGAGCUCAAGUACAACACAUUAACUCCCAGGCCGCUGUCCACGCUCUUCACCGGCGUACCGUCCAGCCCGGACGCCGCCUUCACCUGGACCAACGGCAAGGUGUACUUCUUCAAGGGAGAUGACUAUUGGCGUGUCAACGAUCUGCUGAGGGUGGACAGAGGAUACCCACUGAGCAAGGAAGAGCGCUGGAUGGGAUGUUGAGGGUCGCUCUACAGAGGGCAGCAGACUCCAAAAAGCAUGGGGGUUUGCUCCAGCGGGGCAUUUCGGACAAGCACGCAAACUGAACAGAACAUUAAGGAUUGUCUUUCACCCUAUUGGAUUAUUCGGCUCCUUGUUGUACUUUUGUGACUGUGAAAAUUCUGUAAGAUUUUGUAUGAUGUCUGGAGAAAUUAAAGGGAGGCCUAUGUUUUUUUCUCUUUCUCAAA